AUGGCCCCUCCAUCUGCCCAAGCGUCCCAGGAGGAUGCGGCGUGCAGAGGGAUGCGGCCGUCUGGCACGGGCUGGGGGUUGCACGGACCCGGCUGCUCCCAUUUACAAAACGUGGAGCAGGAGUCGGAGAGGAGAGGGAAACAGGUCAGCGUCUACCAAGUGUUGGAGAAGAGCGAGCCGGACGCCCCCGGAGGGAAGAAGCUGCUGGCAGCCAGGCUCGUCUCGCUGCAGGGCUCCGGCUGGGAGGUCUUUGCCAUCACGCAGGCUGUUCGCGACUGGACCGAAGACGAAAGCAGCAACCAGGGUUUGCUGGUGACAGUCCAGGGCCUGGGCGGGAGCCCGCUCGACCCCCCACCGCUGCAGUUCGCAACCAGCAGGGACCACCACGAGAGCAAGAAGCCCAUGUUGGUCCUGUUCACGGACGACGGGCGCCGGGGAGCGUCCCUGCCCAUGGCCGGCUUCCCAGCCGCCGGGAUCAUCCCCCCGCGGGGGUACAACGCCUACCACUGCAAGGGCUCCUGCCCCUUCCCGCUGGGCGAGAACAUGCGGCCGACGAACCAUGCCACCGUGCAGUCCAUCAUCAACGCCCUCAAGCUGAGCGAGGGCGUCAGCAGCCCCUGCUGCGUGCCCGACAAGCUCUACUCCAUCAACCUCCUCUACUUCGAUGAUGAUGAGAACGUGGUCCUUAAGCAGUAUGACGACAUGGUGGCCGGGAGCUGCGGCUGGCCCUGA